AUGGGUAACGAUGGUGGCAGUAUUCCCACUCGCCGCGAACUCGUGCGCGAGGCGGCCCGCAACCCGAGCACGGCGCAACUGAAAGAAACCCAGCGCGAACAGCAAGAGCAUCACUGGACGACUUGCCCGCUCUCCCAUAAAGCGCUCGUCCGACCGAUUGUCUCAGACAGUGUCGGCAAUCUCUAUAAUAAGGAUGCAGUGCUCCGGUUCCUGCUCCCCGGCGACGACGGCGAGGGCAUGAGCUCCAAGUCCGACUGCGAGGAGAUCCUGUGCGGGCGUGUGAAAUCGCUGAGGGACGUGGUGGAACUGCACUUUGAAAUUGACACCGAACUUUCCGAGCACCCGUCAGACCGCGUCCAGGCGCACCGGCACGAGCGCCGUGAGGGCUGGAUCUGUCCGAUCACUGCAAAGCCGCUGGGUCCGAAUGUCAAGGCCGUGUACUUAGUGCCUUGCGGGCAUGUCUUUGCCGAGGAGGCGAUUCGGCAGUUGAAAGGCGACAAAUGCUUGCAGUGCAACGAAUCUUAUACCGAAGACAACAUCAUCACGAUUCUGCCCACCAAAGAAACAGACAAGCAGCGUCUGAUUGCCCGCGGCCAGAAACUCGCCGAACAGGGCCUCACCCAUUCUCUCAAGAAAGCCCCCGGCUCGAAAAAGCGCAAGAAGCACGCUACCGCGGAGGUAUCGACCGAGCCAGCGGCAGAGACUACCGGAUCAACAGCACCUAAAACCACAUCGGCAUCAAAUAGCCGAAGCAACACAUCCACACUAAUUCCCAACAACGCUUCUAGCAAUGGAAUCAAGAAUGCAGCCACGGCAACACUCACCGCGCGAGUGCUGGGGGAGGAAAAUGAUAAGAAAAAGCGUCGCAAGAUGAUGGGCGGAAAUGAGAAUAUUGAUAGCCUCUUUACGAAGAAGGACAAGGACGGCGGUGUCAAGAGUGCAGAUUUUAUGACCAGAGGAUUUACUAUUCCUGCUUCGGCGCGGAGGUAG